AUGAAUAAUGAUGGUUCGAUUGCUGGACAACAGCUGGAUAGUAAUGAACAUAAUAAAAGAGAAUUGAUUAGUCAUAAUGGAAUUAGUUCCUCAUCUACGUCAUCAAGUCGCUCCUUCAAGAAAACUUUUACGAAUCAAUAUGCAAUUCGGAUCGAAGGUGGUGAUCCGAAUGAGGCCGAUCGAUUAGCUAUUAAAUACGGCUACAUUAAUCUCGGCGUUGUAAGUUCUUUUUUGAAUUUGAGUGCGAAGGCUUUCGCACGAAAAACAAACAUACGUUUAAUGCUAUUUUCACUGUACAUCUAUCUAUCUCUUCGAAUAGAGUUGAUAUUACCUGGAGAGGAGUAUUUCCUUUUCGAGGACCUUCAUGUACGUAAACGUUCAUCGCGUCGAACAAGAAGUGCUCAAACGGCUUAUAUUACCAGGGAACCACAUGUACAAUCUAUUGAGCAGCAAGUCGCAAAGAAACGUGUUAAACGGGGUUUCAAACCACUUUCGUCACCUGUCGAGCGACGUUUCCCAGUUGUUCAUCAACAUCGUCUGAAGGGAAAUCAAUUGGGGAACGAUUUGGAUAUGAACGUAGUGGCAAAAGAUGAUACUUUCUCUGAACUACCAACAAAUGGUCAGCACGAUGGUGCUGGUGGAAUAUACAAUCUCAAUGAUCCACUGUGGAGUGAUAUGUGGUAUUUGAAUCGUGCCACUUUCGAUCGCGGUAUGGAUCACAAUGUGAAAGAGGCAUGGGAUCUCGGGUAUACGGGUCGAGGAAUUGUUGUGACAAUUUUAGAUGAUGGCUUGGAGAGGACACACCCUGAUAUUGCCCCCAAUUAUGGUCGUAGAGGUCGUGGCUCAAUAUUCGUUUGGGCAAGCGGCAAUGGAGGUAAAGAUGCAGAUUCGUGCAAUUGUGACGGUUACACGAAUAGUAUUUAUACAUUGUCGAUAUCGUCAGCCACAGAACAUGGCAACAUCCCGUGGUAUUCAGAAGCAUGUAGCUCAACGUUAGCUACAGCCUACAGCAGCGGUGCAACUGGUGAAAAAAUGAUUGUAACAACCGAUUUGCAUCAUUCAUGUACGAAUGCGCAUACGGGUACUUCUGCCAGCGCGCCGUUGGCUGCAGGAAUUGUGGCACUAACUCUAGAAGCAAAUCCAACACUCACAUGGCGUGAUCUUCAGCACAUCGUUGUAAGAACAGCACGUCCGUUGAAUCUGCGAGCUGGUGAUUGGAUCACAAACGGUGUCGGUAGAAAUGUAUCGCAUUCAUUUGGAUUUGGUUUAAUGGAUGCUGGUGCUAUGGUUAAGUUGGCCAGUAAUUGGAGCAGUGUUCCUGAACAGCAUAAAUGCAUUAUUGCUUAUCCAGCCAGAUACAAAACUAUUCCGCAUGGCAAUCGUUUACAAUUGCAACUUUACACGGACGGUUGUGCAGGCGAAACACUCAGUCGUGUGAUUUAUUUAGAGCAUGUUCAAUCGAUUAUAACACUUACUGCACCAAAAAGGGGCGAUAUUCAAAUUUAUUUAACUUCACCUUCUGGAACUCGCUCGACUCUCUUGGCAAAAAGAGCUCGUGACACAUCGCGAACUGGCUUUAGGGAGUGGGCAUUUAUGACAACGCAUAAUUGGGGUGAGAUGGCACCCGGCUUAUGGACACUUGAAAUUGAUAACGAUGGAUGGGACGGUUUGUUGUUAGAUUCAUCUUUAGAAUUAGUAUCAGCAACCGAUCGCGAUACAUUCGUCAUGAUCAGUAAAUUACAGACUGAUAUUAUUUCAGAUGCCGAAUUGAUUCGAUGGGAUCUUGUAAUGUAUGGUACAGCCGCUGAAGUAGGUCCAUCGGGUGGUAUGCAUUCAUCUAUAUUAAUGGCACGCUCCAUAUCUGAUGGGUAUCACUCAGAUAUUCUUUUAAUGGACUCUUCAAAUGGAAGAUCGCUUUAUUUGAAUGCAUUCAACUUUUUAAAUCUUUUCAUAUUCAUUGUUUAUAAUAACAUUAUUUGGUGCAAUCUUCACAGUUCUUGCAUCUGA